CAUUUUUGCUCCCCUAAACCCAGAACCCGAGAAUGGCGCAGUGUCUCCGCGGCAAGGCCGCCGCCGCCGCCGCCGCCGGGGUGUCGGCGCCGUGGCGGCGGGCGGCCUCGGCGUCGUACCACCACACGAUCCAGGCGGUGCCGCGGGAGACGUCGGGGCCGCGCGCCGCGGCGCGGGAGCGCCGCCACGGCCGCGUCCCGGCGGUCCUGCUCACGCUCGCGGGCGCCUCGCCCGGGAACGGGGUCGCCCACCGGAAGCUCCUCACCGCCGAAAGGAAGCAGCUCGUGGAGAUGGUCAAGCAGUCGCCCUACUUCCUCUCCACACCCGUCCGCCUCCAGGUCCGCGCGGGCGAACGAUCCAACGCCGUCGUGCACUCCGGCACCGUCCUCCCCAUCAAGGUGCAUAGAGAUGAGAGUACCGGGCAUAUAUUGAACUUGGUAAUGGUUCAGGCAGAUGAGGGAACAAUGCUGAAGGUGAAUUUGCCUGUUGAGUUCAAGGGGGAGAGUGCUUGCCCUGGGUUGAAGAAAGGAGGCUUUUUGCAGAAAAUAAGGACCAGCCUGGUGUAUCUCUGCCCAGCUGAGCACAUCCCUCCAAAGAUUGAGGUGGACCUGGCGAAUCUCGAUGUCGGAGAUAGGGUAUUAAUGCAUAACAUUCCCGUCCAUCCAUCGCUCAAGUUGCUGAGUAAAAACGAGACCAUGCCGGUAUGCAAGAUCUUGGCCUCAAAGCCAGUUGAGUCGGAAACGAUGCAAGAUUUGAAGAGUUGAUAACAUUGUACCUGAGGUGGUACAACCAUCCAGCAGUUCCACCUCUUGUUCUCAACUUCCUUUUUUUUUUGUUAUCGGUUUGCUUGAUUUCAAUGUGGUAGUAGAUUGAAACAAGUUAUUGUCUUCAAAAUAGAAUGAAUGAACCAAGCAAAGAACAAUCACAAGAACCUUGUCUGUAUCGAUCGCUACAAAAUAACAUCCUUUUUCUCAGUUCAGGGACAUGACAUGUAAGACAUUGUGGACUAUUGUUUGCUGUGGCCUGGUGAAUGGGCGACCUGGACAUGAUUGUUUUUAGCUGUA